UCUCGCAUGCGGCGGAUUGUGCGUGGUACUCGGAUUGUUUUUACGUGUUCUCGCCCUUUCUCGCCUACCCCCCGUGAAAUACCGUAAAACAAAGAAGACGGAGCGCCUCGGGGGCGCCGCCGCAAGUGUACGGUGCCGAAUUUCAUCGCGGUGAUCGACUCUGCUCCCGGGUUGUCCACACGGUCAAUAAUGAGGGACAUGGCGGGCAAGAUCGCCGAGUUGAAGUUCGAGGCACCCCUCGCACGAUUCGAGGAGGAGGACACAGCCAGCCUGAAGAAUAUGAACCUGCUGACAGAACAAUUGCUGGAUGCCAGCCUGGACGCGGAUUAUGGCGAGAAUUGCAACGCGAACGAGCCGCCGACGUCGACCCACGAAAAUGGCACCGCUGAUACCCUCCACGAGGGGACAUUCAGCCCCUUCAGCGGCAGUCUCGAGGACCUUGUUAAUACCUUCGACGAGAAGAUAACAUCCUGCUUUCGCGAUUACGGCACCGACGUCGAAUCUUUGGCCCCCGUGCAAGUGAGGACACAGGAAGAGAUCAUGAACGAAUGCCAAAUGUGGUGGACGAUCACUGGCACGUUUGGUAACAUGCUACCGAUCGACUGGAGCAAAUCGUACGCGAGGAAAAUGCACAUGCCUGCGCUAAAUCUGAACGAAGCACCGAUAUCGAACGACAGACCGGAACUAGAGGAUUUAAGUAGCGAAGACGAGGCUGUUGCAACUGAUUUGGACAUGCAUGCUUUGAUAUUGUCCAGCAGCACCGACACGCACAGUCCAGAGGAACCAAUGAAGACUGCCGAGGAAGUACUCCGCGAAAUAGACGACAUAAUGCAAGAGAGUCCUUCGAUGGAGAGAUCGCCAGAUUCGGAUGGCUCCUUAUUGGAUAGCGACGAGGCUCUAGAAAGGAGCAGAGAGGUUCUCGGCUCGCCGCUUCACGAGAAAAAGCUGAAACAACUUAGCUGCAGUCAACUGACCGAGCUACUUGGCGAAAUGGAAUCGUUGGUCGGAGCUCUGAGCGAGACUCUGAUCGCGGAGCUAGCGUUAAGGGACGAGUUAGAGUACGAGAAGGAGCUGAAAAAUCAGUUUAUCUCGUUGCUGUUAGCAGUACAAAACCGCCGUAGGCAGCAUCACGUUACAAAAAAACGAAAUCAAAUGCAAAAUGGUACUAGUCCUUUGCCAAAACAUAGAUCUCUACACGAAUCCAAGUAUCUGACGACUGUAAUCCCAUACCAUACGGAUAGUGGCCCACCAGAUAAUCAAGCUUUACAGGUUCUCAUAAAAAUAUUAAAAGCAAUUAACGAAGACAGUCCAACCGUACCUACUUUAUUAACGGAUUAUAUACUCAAAGUACUGUGUCCCACUUAGUGAGAGUACCGUAAAGCUCACGGGAAAAAAUCGAUGAAAAUCAGGAAAAAAUGAUAUUAAAUAUUGAGGAAUACAAUUUGCUCUCUUCUUCUUGCCAGUACGCUUUCAGCCAUUGUUGUGCCGCAUACUCUUGCGUUAAGGCAGGCAAUUUUUUGCUUCUGAGUUGUGUCUCGAAUUACACUCUCUAUUGACCAUAGAGUUUAGGUAGGGUCCCGUGACACUCGCAUCUAGUCUUAUUUUAUAUAUUAUAAUGUGUAUAUUAAUUUUACAUAAGAUACAUUUCUGAUAAUCUGUGUAUGCGCUCUAUGGAAUACCUCUUAUUGUACGUGAAUUAUACAAUCUUCGUUUUUGUAUACGUCAUAAUGGAUUUCGUGACGAUUCAGUUUUUGUAAUUUUUUGUACAUAAAGAUUUUAUCGAAAUAUGUGUGAGCAAAGUUUACUAUAUCACCGAGAAUACUUAUAUUUAUCUAGAGAAAUAUACCUGACAACUUGUAGUUCACUAUCAGAGGGAGGAGCAUAUUAAGCUUACGGAAUUAGUGUAUAUUGUUGUAAUGUCCAUAUGUAUCUAAAAUUAAAAUUAACUAGUAACAUUGACGCGCAAAAGUAAAGGCAUCCCGUUACUCGAAUCACUCCUUCACAAAUGUGUAAUUUACUUGAAAACUGUUAACUGACUGUAUGCAAAACUGGCAUUAAAAAUUCUUUGUGUACAGCAACACAGUUGUUCUGAUGCAUUGUGCAGAUAUUAGAAAUAUUGUGUUUGUUGAAAUAAAGAAAUAAA